AUGACUUUCCAACAAACACCUACCUCCGCCUUUCCUGCGUUGUAUACCCCCGAAGAAUCGCCAUUUGUCCUGGAAGUGUUGCCAGCAUUGAAACAUGGCAGUGACAAGCAGCAACAGGUCAUUCUGGAUCUGCAUCGCGAAAUGUGCCUGGAAAAGCAAGCUUUGUUGGCGGUGAUUGCAUCGUUUAGGAACGAAAUGCAAGAAGGGCUAGUGAACGACCGUGGAAGCGACCUCAAUAUGAUUCCUUCUUAUGUCACAGGCUAUCCAACCGGAAAUGAGAAGGGGACGUAUUUGGCCCUGGAAAUCGCCGGUAUGGAUGUGUAUGUGUGUCAGGUUAAGCUCAAAGGCGAAAAUGGAAAGCUAGCCAUCAACCAGUAUCAGUACAAGAUUCCUCAGGACCUUACGACGGACAGUGAUUUUGGCGUCCUGAUCGAAUAUGUCGCGGAUUGCCUAGCGGAUUUUCUAUUACGAAUUGGAACUCAGGAGCACUUUAUUUAUCCCACGGCGAUCUCCUUUGGCUUUGCUAUCAAGCAAACAGGAUUGAGCAGCGGGCGGAUCAUGUCAUUAGGUCACGGAUUCAGCUAUCCCAACGGCGUCGGCGUUGACAUUGUUCAACUGAUGCAUGAAAAAAUCAAUGAUAAACAACUUCCCAUCAAAAUCGUAGCCAUAGCCAACGAUACUGUAUGUACCUUGCUGGCCCACGCGUACCAACAUCCAGCGACGCGUCUGGGAAUCGUGCAUAAUCUCGGAACCAACUGUGCUUAUUACGACUGCAUCGGUAAUGUCAAGAAAUUACGCCACUUGAGCUUUCCCCAAGAUCACGAUAUGAUCAUCAAUACGGAAUGGUGCAAUUUUGGGUCUUCUCACCGCACACUACCGCGCACUUGGUUUGAUCGCAAAUUGGAUCGUGAAUCAAUCAAUCCGCAAUUUCACGUUUUUGAAAAAAUGACGACGGGCGUGUUUCUGGGCGAACUUGUACGGAAUAUUUUAAUCUAUCUUGUGGAUCAAGAUCUUUUAUUUGGCGGCGAAUCGUCCGAGAUUUUGAAUGUGUCUCACAGUUUUGACACGAGCUACAUGUAUGUGUGCGAGGGCGACCAAACCGACAACCUCGACGAUACCCGCAUCGUGUUGGAAGACAUGUUGAAUCUUUCGCGGACCACGGUAGCUGAUCGAGAGAUUGUCAAGAAAGUGUGUGAACUUGUAGGCAGCCGGGCCGCCGUCUUGAUGGGAGCGGCUAUUGCUGCUGUGGUUCUUCACAUGGUGGAUCACGGAGUCGCCACAUCGCCCGAUCAGCCGGGAUACACGAUAUCCAUUAGUGGAAGCAUAUAUGAAGAUUAUCCGUCGUUCCAUCCGCGAGUAUGCAAAACGCUGAAAGCGCUUCUUCCGCCAUCGAUUGCGUCGACGUUGUCGGUAGGCAUUGUGAAGCACUCGCGUAUUGUAGGCGCGGCCAUUGUGGCCAUGAUGGCUGAAAAAAUUACAAACCAAACCUGA